GCGGCCGCGACAUUUCCAUGGAAACGUAGACGCGGCCGCGCUGAUGCGUGCGGGAGCGACCACCUCCGCCGUGUCCGUUUCUUGUUCCCCCGUCGUUCCCGCGCCGCGCGAUGUCGCCCGCCCGCGGCUGCCUCGUCUCCGCGCGUGAUUAGGUUAACCUGACCGCGAAACGCUCGCGGUGCUCACUCGACUCGACGUCCGACGUUCGACGGCGAGGGGAUUUCACCGUCGUCGCUCCGUGCCUCGCGACUGAAUUGAAGGAGGCACGGAAGAUCAGAGGAAGGAGAUCGUGACGUUUUUGCUGGAAGAAGCGAAGAGCCAGAGUGAAUAGUGCUCGCAUGUCAUUGCCAUUAGAUUUUGUACAAUGAGCAGCUGGACAGAGAGAAUGCAUCGACGCGCUGCUACGUUAGGAAAUGUUGUAACUAGCUGUGGACAUCCCUCCUCAGAGCCUCCGCACCCGAGACGCCUGGAAAAGGUCAAGUUUGGUGCACCCUUGAACGAAGUGUGCAAAAAUGAUAUUCCUGGCCCGUUACUGGUCCUUAUAUUGAAACUGAAUAAGGAAGCUCCACUCAGAAAAGAUAUCUUUCGAGCACCUGGUCACCAGGGUAACAUGAAGAAACUGGUACACUUCCUGCAAACCGGACAUCUAGUCAACAUGGACAAUUUCAGUGAUUACACGAUAGCCAGCGUUCUAAAAAAGUUUUUGCGCAAGAUACCCGGUGGAAUAUUCGGUAAAGAGACGGAGCAACAACUGUUUACCAUAAUCCAGCUAGAUAGUAUAGAACAACAACGGGACCAGAUACACAGAUUAAUUACCUCCAUGCCGAUAUACACACAACGGUUACUGGUACUGCUGUUUGGAACAUUCAGGAUAGUAGCAGUAAAUUGUGAGCGAGCGCACACGGGGAUGACCAGCGAGGCCUUGGGGGUGUCCGUUGCACCUUCAUUCUUUCAUAGUUGCGUCAGUGACGGCAAGACUGCUAAGAUGGAGGAUGUUCUCAGAUUUAAGAUUGCCACUCGUAUUACCAAGUUCAUGAUAGACAAUUUCGGUGUUUCCAAUCUGUUCGGAAGAGAUAAUUACGAGUAUUACGCGCGUAUAACCGGCCGGAUAUUAAAAGUGGAAGAAGAUUGGAUCUUUAGUUUCCGAUAUCCGCCGGACACUCUCGUAUCGAGACAGCUGUCGCUGGAGGCUGAAAAAUCGUGGUUGCAAUACGAGUGCGAAAAAUGGGGAUUGAAGUUGAAUUUAGAAUGUAUGUCGCACCAAGAAGAAUCGCAGUCAACUCCGGCGUUGAUUCACGUGCCGGAGACCGUGAAUCUCGCAUCAUCAUUAGGCAUGAUUCCAGAGAACACAUUACUCGAGAGUUACACGCGCCUCUCGGUGAGCUUAGAGGAAAACGGCUUGUUCCAGGCACCUAGUCGUUCAUCUAGUAACGGUAGUCAACAUUCUAAGCAUGGGACAAUGGGUAUGACGCUGGAAGAGCUUCGCGCGGUGAAUCGCUAUGCCGAGAGCACCAAGAGUCUCAGUUACCUGCCGCAGGUUCAUGAGAGGCAAGCCGCACGAAUGCGAACUAGAUCUGAAUGGUUUCUCACGCCUGUAGUUGCCUCGGACAGUGAUCCAUCGGCGAUACACAUUUUACGAGGUUCCAAUCGAUCUUCCUCUGGCAAUAUAGCUACGGGUUUGAGCGCCAGUGCGGAAUCAGUGAAGCGGCCGAGUCUUCGGAGAACUUGCUCUAGGGAAAAGCAACGUUGGCAUCGCAACUCGUCUCGUCGCAACAAAGAGAACGGCACUAAAGGAGCUGGCCGCUCGGCUACAGCGGCCGCGGCAGCGAUGGUGACGGAAGCGUCCAAGUCGCGUUCCCUGGAGACGAUCAAGAACGUGAAGAUCGUGCGUGUAAUGGCAGCGGAUCAGCAGCAGCCAACGGUCGAGAAGAUGAUGGACAGCAGCCAUAACGAUAUCUUCGAGGAGCACGCGAGCAAGGAGACGCGUGUGCCAUCGCGCACCAGUGGCGACGGUGUCAUUGGGCCGCAGGAUUGCACGGAGAUGGACGUGAAAACGUUUCACGUCACUCUGACGUACAAGCCGCGAAUAUAAACGACUUUAAUUUUUAUUUUUUUAUUUUAUUAUAAUCUAACUCGACGCUUUCAGGAAUAUCGGAACGGUAUUACAUUUCUCGCGCGUGAAAUACGUUUUCGCGUUGAUUGUUACUCCAAAUAUUAUACGUAGUCACAAACCUGAACGACGAUUUUAUCCUAAUGUUCGACGUUUAGGAAAUAUCAAAUUUAUCUCGUUCGCGAAUAUAUAUAAGAUCCUUUUUUUUUUAAAUUUUAAUAACGACGCUCAGGAGUAUCGAACUCGAAAUAUCUUCCUCGCGCAAAAUUGCGUAGUAACACACAAUACACAUACACAUAUACACGUACAAAGAUUUAUUUAUU